GGGCAUCUUUGAUGUGCUAGUGGACACAUUUCGUUGUGAACCCAAAUAAAAAUCGCUAUGGUGUUCGGUUCAAAGGUGGUCAAAGCCGGCAACGGUGAGCCCGAUGCCUUCGAGACGCAAAUCGGCCAGGCCAUCCUGGAGCUGGAGAUGAACUCGGAUCUGAAGCCGCAGCUUCGCGAUCUGUACAUCACCCGCGCCCGAGAGAUCGAAUUCAACAACAAGAAGGCGAUCAUUAUCUACGUACCGGUGCCGAAACAGAAGGCCUUCCAGAAGGUCCAGACCCGCCUGGUGCGCGAGCUCGAGAAGAAGUUCUCGGGUAAGCACGUUGUGUUCGUUGCCGAGCGCCGUAUUCUGCCCAAGCCGAUGCGUGGCCGUCGCGAUCCCAACAAGCAGAAGAGACCGCGUUCCCGAACGCUCACCGCCGUGUACGAUGCCAUCCUUGAGGACCUCGUAUUCCCGGCGGAAGUCGUUGGCAAGCGCAUCCGCGUCAAGCUUGACGGUUCCCAGCUUAUCAAGGUGCACCUGGAUAAGAACCAGCAGACCACAAUCGAACACAAAGUCGAUACCUUCGCGUCGGUGUACAAGAAGCUGACUGGCCGUGACGUUACGUUCGAAUUCCCAGAAAACUACCUGUAAACUAAGAGGGCGCUAGAAUAGUCGAAGCAGCAGCUUCAGCGUGUGGAGAACGUCUGUAUGCUGGAUGCAGUGGACGAAGAGCGACGAUGAAUGAAUGGGUGUGGAUGCAAAAUAUCCAUUAAAUUAUAUCCAUCAAUAAAACCAAUGAUUGGAUAGGAAAAAUUAACCCCGUCCCGGUUGGUC